GGGAACUUGCGAACUUACCUCAAUUCCGAACUGCAAUCUUCAAACGACCAAUUACGCCAACCCACUUUCAACUUCCUCGACACACUUCGCCCAUUCGACAACCACGAUUGCGAAGCCUUAAAGAUGAAGUUCCUCAAGGUCGGCCGAGUUGCCAUCAUCACCCGCGGCAGAUAUGCCGGUAAGAAGGUUGUCAUCAUCCAGCCCGUCGACAGCGGCAACAAGGCACACCCCUACGGCCACGCUCUAGUCGCCGGUAUCGAGCGCUACCCCUCUAAGAUCACCCGACGCAUGUCCAAGACGCGCCAAGAGAAGCGCUCUAAGAUCAAGCCCUUCAUCAAGGCCAUCAACUACAACCACUUGAUGCCCACACGAUACACCCUCGAGCUCGAGGGCCUGAAGGGUGUUGUUUCCGGCGAGACCUUCAAGGAGGUCAGCCAACGGGAGGAUGCUAAGAAAAACGUUAAGAAGGUCUUGGAGGAGCGCUACACAAGUGGAAAGAACCGAUGGUUCUUCACUCCCCUAAAAUUCUAAUCCUGUCGUCUGCAUACUUCCGUCGUUCGGUCUUAGGGGGUUCGGUCUGGGAUGUAAAUCGCAUCAUCAAUGGCAUUAGGAGCCACAAGGGUCUUGCUCUGAAUUCAGAAUCAUGAAAAUGAAACACACUUGACGAAUGAA